AAUUGGUUUAGCUUUUCUAUUUCUAUAUAUUGAUAAAGAUAGCUUACACUAAACGAAGCGAGUGAAUGUAUAAAGAUCUAACCAAUUUCAUCCUUUUCCUUCCGGCGACGAGAUUUCAUCGGGGAGAUAUUUUUGUGGGAUCACUGCAGAUAUUUCUAGAAUUCCUCGAAGAUUGAGCUUUAAGUUUGAGAGAAAGCUUAUACCUUGGCCCGUAAUCUGCAAAUGGGGCGCAGGAAAAAGUACAAGAUUUGUCCUAGAUUUCAAGGAUUGCACCAAGAAUUGGUGCCCUAGUUACAUCGCUUGUGACUGUAAUUUUAUUGAUUGUUAUGUAUUUAGAUGGAAGUGGGUGAAAAGGGAUAAUCUUGGGGCUAAUCUAGGGUUUGAUUUUAGUAUUUUUCUUUUUUUGGAGAAUUUGGGUGGAGGCGGAAUUAAGUUGAUAUAGCUUCUCUAUGAUAACUUGGGACAGGUUGGGAAUAUAGGCUUUAUAUGGAGUGUUUGGGGAAGAAGAGGAAGGGAGCUGAGAUCUCGGAAGGGUGCCAAAAUGAUUUCGAAGAGGAGACUCAAUUGGCAUUCCGGUGGUCACAUUUGUCGCUUGAGGAUUAUUUCAGAAGGAAAAAGAAAUGUAGGGAGGGGGUAGUCUCGAAGAUUGAUUCACGUAGGAGUGUUAUUAAUGGAGUUGUUACUGCCCCAGCGUGCGGGGCUGCAAGCUUGGAGUUACCGGGUAGGGGUCUUAAGCGGAAAAUUGGUUGUAUUGAUGCUGUGACUCGGUUAGGCAGGAAGAAGAAGAUUGCCCAGGAUUAUGAGCUGGAUAAGACAAUAGGGAAGGGGAAGUUUGGAUCGGUGGUGUUGUGUCGGAGCAAGGCGACCGGGGAGGAGUUUGCGUGCAAGACAUUGCGGAAAGGGGAGGAGGUUGUGCAUCGCGAAGUGGAGAUUAUGCAGCACCUUUCUGGGCAUCCGGGGGUUGUGACGCUGAAGGCAGUGUAUGAGGAUAGUGAGUCUUUCUAUCUUGUGAUGGAACUAUGUUCUGGAGGGCGUUUGCUCGAUGAAAUGUCUGGAGAAGGCUUGUAUUCUGAAAGAAAGGCUGCUAACGUGAUCAAGGAGUUGAUGCUGGCUAUACGGUACUGCCAUGAGAUGGGUGUGGUUCACCGGGACAUUAAGCCCGAGAAUAUUCUCCUCACAUCCUCGGGACAAAUGAAGCUUGCCGACUUUGGAUUGGCUGUGAGGAUCUUGGAUGGUCAGAGACUGUCUGGUAUUGUUGGAAGUCCUUCUUACGUUUCUCCGGAAGUUCUGACGGGUGAUUACUCCGAGAAAGUGGAUAUUUGGAGUGCCGGUGUCCUUCUUCAUGCACUUUUAGUCGGUGUUCUUCCAUUUCAAGGCGAUUCUUUGGAGACAGUGUUUGAGGCCAUUAAGAAAGAAAAACUUGAUUUCAUUGGCGGUAGUUGGGAGUCUGUUUCGAAACCUGCUCGCGAUCUGCUCUCCAGAAUGUUGACCAGAAGUACAUCAACGAGGUUUACGGCUAACGAGGUUUUAAAACAUCCAUGGAUUUCAUUCUAUACCGAACCUACACUAAAGACGUAUUCUGACAGACCAAGUAACAACAGCACGAGGCAGCUAACUUGUAUUCGAGGCAAAGAGUCGGAGAGAAAAAGGACAACAUCGUCUAACCAUCUCCAUCUCAGUGACGACUCUAGCUCAAGUUCAACGUCGGGUGAAGUAGCUGGUGGCGGUGAGAGUGAGAGUGGUGGUUUGGUUGACAUGUUAGCGGUGGCGAUUUCACAUGUCGAGAUAUCGGAGGCGAAACGUAGCAGGAUAUGCAGCCCCUCGAGGGAGAUCCAGCAGGAGUGCUCAUCUAACUUGAAGACUAGCAACCUCUGUACAGCAUUCUAAGCUCACGGUACAACCAUGCUGCUUUCACCACUCAUAUUCUAUAGUUUUUAAUGCUUUAACUUCACCUCAUAUAAAAUUGAUGUUUGCUUGAAAACGUUGUAAAUUAUAUGUGGUCUAACACAUAUAGGAGUUUGCUGAUAUAUAAAAUUGAUGUAAAUAACAGUGUUUUCUUCAAUGAUAUCUUGGUGAGGUUUUAAUA